CUUCGGUGCGCGGCGCCGCCCGCCGGCCAGCCCCGAGCCCGCCGGCCAGCCCCGAGCCCGCCGGCCAGCCCCGAGCCCACCGGCGGGGAGCGCGCGCCGCCCGGCGGCUCCCUCCGGCCAUGGGGGCGUCCGCGCGGCUGGUGCGCGCGGUGAUCAUGGGGGCGCCGGGCUCGGGCAAGGGCACCGUGUCGUCGCGCAUCACCAGGCACUUCGCGCUGAAGCACCUCUCCAGCGGGGACCUGCUCCGAGACAACAUGCUUCGGGGCACAGAAAUUGGUGUGUUAGCCAAGACUUUCAUUGACCAAGGGAAGCUCAUCCCAGAUGAUGUCAUGACUCGGCUGGCCCUUCAUGAGCUGAGAAACCUCACCCAGUAUAGCUGGCUAUUGGAUGGUUUUCCAAGGACACUUCCACAAGCAGAAGCCCUGGAUAGAGCUUAUCAGGUAGACACAGUGAUUAAUCUGAACGUGCCCUUUGAGGUCAUUAAGCAGCGUCUCACUGCUCGCUGGAUUCAUCCGGCCAGCGGCCGGGUCUACAACAUCGAAUUCAACCCUCCCAAAGCUGUGGGGAUCGAUGACCUGACCGGGGAGCCUCUCAUUCAGCGUGAUGAUGACAAGCCAGAGACCAUUGUCAAGAGGCUGAAGGCUUAUGAAGUCCAAACACAGCCGGUCCUGGAAUAUUACCAGAAAAAAGGGGUGUUGGAAACCUUCUCUGGAACAGAAACCGACAAGAUCUGGCCCUAUGUCUACGCUUUCCUACAAACAAAAGUUCCACAAAUAAACCAGAAAGCAUCAGUUACUCCAUGAGGAAAAGUGCAUAUAACCAGUAAGAUGAGCAGAGACUCCUCGCCUGUGCGUUUAGAAGCUCCUUGUUCUGAGACUGGCAUGUAUGAAUUCUUGGACAAUUAUAUUCGUUUCACUUCUACUGAUUUUAUUCUAGAAACUAAGGAUGUGUCAAGUGAGUCCGAUACUAAGAUUCAUCUUUUUGUCUAGUGGGUUUUACCCAGGUAUCUUCUAUGGGUGUGCGAUUAAAACACAAUCAGAUGUCUUAACUUUUGAGAAAUCUUCUAAAGCAUAAUUAAAAGAGCAAUUGGUAGUAAUAUAACUUUUGUUCAGAAGAGUAAAUGGUUGAUAAAAAUUUUCUUAUUUUUCUGGAAAAGCUAAAAAGAAAAAAUUCCAUGUCACUUGGUGAAGUAUCUCAUUAGAGAAAUGUGUGUAGACUCUUGCCAAAAAAACCGGCAUCGUCAGCGCUGAGAGACACUACGUCUGUAAAAUCCUAGAAAACAAGCAACUAGAUGUGCAGAUUAGUUUCAGGAUGCAAAUUCACUGCUGCCUUUACACUAAGAAACUUACAAGUUUAGCCUUAUAUACUGUAUUUACUGUGUUGUUAAGCAAACCUUCAGUUUACUCAGAAUUUUCAGUCUGCUAUAAAAUUGUGUUAAAUCAGCAUAUAGGAAAAUACUCAGGUUACCUAAGAAAUAUGUGCUUUAGGAUCUACUUGCCAGUUUCUCUUUUUGAUCACUAUGUAAGGUCUGCUGUGAUGAGUAACAGUACAAAAAGAAAAGAAAACCUAUGGCCCUAAGUAAAGCAAGCAUACUUGGUCGUCAGGAAGUAGAAACGGAUCAGGUAUGCUUGGGGAGAAUUCCCUUGACACACGUAACAAUCAUAAUUAGUAAACUAAUCAAAUUAGUAGCAGUUAAAAGGAUUUACGUGAGAGGUUGAAAAGGACCAGGAAAGUAACUGAGUUUGCUGAAGGAGUUCUUUAUUCCUAAUCAAAGCAGUGGACCCCAUCCUCCGGCAGGGAGAGACCUCUGCCUCUGUGUGUGUACAUUGAGUAGCCAUUUAAAAGUGAAGAUGAUUUGCUUUCUUAGUGGGGCAACAGGGAUACAUGCUUCCGUCCUGUGGCCUGGUAGGAAGAGUGGGGCGAGGACAGGUGGAGGAGCAACCCAACUACAUCUUCACUGGCCUAUUUACUCUUCCUUUACUUGGUGCUAAAUCCAAUGCAACAAGUCCUCGUACAAGCUGUUGAUAACUGCCUUUGAACGUCUGGCCCAUGGUAUCCCGGGUCCUUAAAAUACAAAUGCCAGCAGUGGUUCUUUAUGUAUUUUGUGAGGGAAGAACUUUUCUUUUGAUUUUUAAAAAUUCAAUGUUGAUCUUUCAGAAUGGACCAAGGCUUUUAAAAAGGAUUAUAGGACACAUUUAAUUCUUUACAAAACUUUCUGUAAUGCCUUAUUUGAAUGUUAAUAUUAUGUGCUUUCUAAAACUGUUGUAAACUACUAAACUAAUGAAUUAUCACUAGGUUACCAGGCAUACGUGAGUAUUAGUGUACUACAAUAAAAUUAAAUUUGGGAA